UAAUCCCAGCUACGUGGAAAACGGCAGAAAGCUGAUACAGACUUCGACCUUGGUCUUCAUAAUGCGAAUGUGUUCGUGCCCUGCGUAGUCGCAUUCCAUCCCUUGACAGCUCAACAAUGUGGACCUACAUGAUGGCUGCCGCCCGCGGAGAUCGGGGUAACUCAAUGAUGUCCACCAGAAGACGCCCCGAAACCGAAUCCCCAAAAUACGGAUACAACCUCUCCUCCCGCCCCAUGUACCGCACCACCCGCUUCGUGGGACCCGCCUCCUCAGCGCCCGCCCAGUUGCAGCUGCCCCAUCAAUCGCACCACCAGCAGCCAGGGGCGUUGCCGGUCCCACCUCCACUCGAAGAGAUUAGGGGUGGCUUGUUCGCUCCGUUUGCGCCAACCGCAGCGAUUUCUGUCGAACAGGCAGCCAGCUCGAUUCAUCAACUUCAUUAUCCACGCAGAAGUUGGCAAAGGACCCAUCGCCAUGGAAAUCAGGUUGAGGUGGAUGACGACGAGGAUGACGACGAGGAUGAUGAUGAUUUCGGUGGGGCUAAUGGUGAGGACAACCAAGAGGAAGUCAUUGCUCCGGCUGAUCUGCAGCAGCAUCGACACAAGCACCACCAGCUGCAGAACCAUCGCCACCAACGACAACAGCAGCCGCACCAGCAGCACUCCAGUGAUCCCAGCUACGUGGAAAACGGCAGAAAGCUGAUACAGACUUCGACCUUGGUCUUCAUAAUGCGAAUGUGUUCGUGCCCUGCGUAGUCGCAUUCCAUCCCUUGACAGCUCAACAAUGUGGACCUA